AAGGACAGAAGUUCCCAGUCACGGUGAUUGGAGAGGUUAAAGGAAGAGAGGGCAGUGCAUUACUGGCCGAAGUUCUGGAUUUCCUUUGGCGACAGACAGGAUUGGUGUUUCCCCAUACCACUAGGCUUUGACCUGGGUUCAAGCCAAAGAGCCUGGGUUCCUUGCCCACACCCUGACAAAACAAGCCUCCAGCACUGAGGGAGACUGGCAAGACUUGGCCGCGGGCCAACUCCGAUACUGGAAGGAGUCGAAGGUGAAGACGGGACAUCCGAUCUGGAAGAAAAUUACCUGAAUACAUUCCAAAACCGAUUCAAGAUUCUUUUACCCUGUGGAUUUUAAACUGGACUUUUAGGGACAAUCCUGCUGAAACAGAGUUCAUAUCAUAGGAUUGGUUUGAUGCCCAAAAUAAUAUUCCUUUUUAAAAUACUUCAGAACUACUGUUGAUCUCUUAAAACACAAUAGCAACCCUGCUAUUGGUUUCAAAACUGGUUGAGAUGACUACAAUGGCAAGUUUAUUCUCAUUCACCAGCCCGGCUGUGAAACGCCUACUGGGCUGGAAGCAAGGAGAUGAGGAGGAAAAGUGGGCUGAAAAAGCAGUUGAUGCAUUGGUGAAAAAACUCAAAAAGAAGAAGGGAGCCAUGGAAGAGCUAGAGAAGGCAUUAAGCAGUCCUGGUCAACCAAGUAACUGUGUCACUAUUCCUCGGUCUCUAGAUGGUCGCCUUCAGGUAUCGCAUCGAAAGGGCCUUCCACAUGUUAUUUACUGUCGUGUAUGGCGUUGGCCAGAUCUUCAAAGUCAUCAUGAACUGAAGCCAUUAGAAUGUUGUGAAUUUCCAUUUGGCUCAAAGCAGAAAGAAGUCUGCAUUAAUCCAUAUCACUAUAAACGAGUAGAAAGUCCUGUUCUUCCUCCAGUGUUGGUUCCGAGGCACAGUGAAUUUAACCCACAGCAUAGCCUACUUGCACAGUUUCGUAAUUUGGGACAUAGUGAUCCUCCUAUGCCACAAAAUGCUGCCUUUCCAGUUUCCUUUCAGCAACCAAACAACCACCCAUUCCCUAACUCUCCCAAUAGAAGCUAUCCAAGCUCCCCUGGAAGUAGUACAUAUCCUCAUUCUCCGGCAAGUUCUGGGCCAAGCAGCCCAUUUCAGAUGCCAGCUGAUACACCACCUCCUGCAUAUAUGCCUCCAGAUGAUCAGAUGACACAAGAUGGCUCACAACCCAUGGAUACAUCAAAUGUUCUUGUAUCUACAGUUCCGCCAAAUAUAUCCAACAGAGCAGAUGUUCAACCAGUUGCUUAUGAGGAACCAAAACACUGGUGCUCCAUUGUCUAUUAUGAGCUAAAUAAUCGUGUGGGAGAAGCUUUCCAAGCCUCCUCUACCAGUGUCUUAGUUGAUGGUUUUACUGAUCCCUCGAAUAACAAGAAUAGAUUUUGUCUCGGUCUUCUUUCCAAUGUGAAUCGUAACUCAACUAUUGAGAACACCAGGAGACACAUUGGCAAAGGUGUUCAUCUUUAUUAUGUUGGUGGAGAAGUCUAUGCUGAAUGCUUAAGCGACAGUAGUAUUUUUGUACAAAGUCGAAACUGCAAUUAUCAUCAUGGAUUCCAUCCAACAACUGUCUGCAAGAUCCCCAGUGGAUGCAGUUUGAAGAUCUUCAACAAUCAAGAGUUUGCCCAGCUUUUGGCCCAGUCAGUAAACCAUGGUUUUGAAGCGGUUUAUGAACUAACUAAGAUGUGCACCAUACGAAUGAGUUUUGUAAAGGGUUGGGGAGCUGAGUAUCAUCGACAGGAUGUAACAAGUACCCCUUGCUGGAUUGAGAUUCAUUUGCAUGGUCCUCUGCAGUGGCUGGAUAAAGUUCUCACCCAGAUGGGUUCCCCACAUAAUCCUAUCUCCUCUGUGUCAUAACAGUGCUUGUUAUGCUGCCUCAUAGUGCUCAUAAAUUUUUGUGUUGAUUUUCUGGAGUUUGUAAUAUCUUGAAGGACUAAUAAAAUGGGUACAUUCUGGACUGUAAUGAAUGGGAAUCUGGAAGUUACUUGACCUUUUGUGACCAAUUGUUGGAGAAAGAUGAUCAGUCUUUUUAGUAUACUGCUGUUCUUGUGAAAGUGUUCAGUUUACACUGUAGUAUUCCACUUCUGCCUAAUCUGAAGAGCUUGUAUAGAUUAUGAUUUUAGAAUGCUAAAAUGAUGAAAGGUGACCAAGCAUAGAUAAUUCACUUGAAUGUUAACUGAUGUUUUUAAAUGCUAGUUUGUGGACAAAAAAGAGAUGCAACGUCUUUUUUUCAUUCAUUGUAGCACAAUUGCUGCACAGUUGGUAUGUUAAAAUUGAAGGUAUAUUGCAUGGAUGACUUGCAAAUCUUCUAUACAUUAGGUCACUUUACAUCUAAAGUACAAAUGUGGAAGUGGACAAAAGGAGCCUUGUAUGCAGCUCUGUCUUAAGUGCUGAUGUCAACUUUUUUAAAACAAUAAUUAAAUCAGAAUAGUGUCAAGUUACAAUUUAAUUUGCAGUGGAUUUCCAAGGUGUGUAUGGAUGCACAGAUACGUUGAGAUUUAUAAUUGUUACAUUUGUCCUCAUUUCAAUUUUUUGGGACUUCAGAUUUGAUAAUUGAAGAAGUAGGUAAGUGGGCAAUGUGACCUGUGCUGUUUGGUGAGUUCAGUAUUUUUAACGAUUACAUACUGUAUAAUGUGUACUUUAUCAAGUCUAUAAAGCUACUGUUCAGUUGCUAGUAGCUAAGCAUUAGUUUUGAGGUUGUUAAUUAAAAUUUUUUUUUAAAAAAACACCAUUUUGGUAAGCAAGAUUUGUAGUGUAUACCUUAUUCUGGCUUUGUCACCUUUUAUGUGCUAAUUUCUCUUUGAAGAGAAGUAUUGAGAUAUUUCUAUAAAUCCUCUGAGUAGCUGAUCAGUGGAUACCAACAAGUUAGCUAUUUAUACAAUGAUAAAGAUAGUCUUGUACAUCUUCCAGUUUUAUUGGUUAAAGUUGGCUGGAUGUUUGCAAUACAUUGUGGUUUUCCAAAUAGCUUGUUUUAUAAAUAAUGCCCAAUUCUUUUCAGUUCUUGUAUAUGCACUUUUACACAGACUUUUGCUGUUGUGCUGUGGAAUUGGGAAUCAACAUUUGUUUUGAGGAUCACAAGUCCUUUACUAGAAAUCAUGUAAUUUUUUUGGCCAUUAUUUUUAAAAUACCUUUGACGUUUUGUAACAAAUUUGAGAAUUGCACCACAACAAAUUCUAUAUGGUAACAUAUCUCUAAAAUUCUAUCUUUGAAGACAUUGACUUUUAUCAACUAACCCAGAUUUGCAAUUACUUUGACUUAUUUGUUUAAAUAUUUUAUCUAACUAUCUUUAGUUUACUAUCUACUUUUUGUGUGCAUGCUGGGUGGGAUUGAGGGAGUUAUACAAGGGAAAAAUUGGGUUUUCCUAAGCAAGAUUGUAUAGAUUGUCACCUUGUUCCCAGACCUGUGCAAAAUAAUUAACACGACAUAGGAGCAAUGAGAGACCAUAGUCUGGAGUUUUUAAAACAAAAGCAUAUUUGAUUAAUGUUUGGUGCAUGGUUCAUAAUAGGAAAUUUCACCAUGAUUACAUGCUCAAAAUAUUACAAUAAACCACAUAACUUUGCACUACAAAUGUUGUAAUGGUUGAAUUUACCAUUAUUUAGUGAUAUUAAUACAAGCGUGCUGCAAAAAAAUGAAAGCAUUCUAAAAGAUAGUUGAAAACUCUGCAAUGAAUCAGCAUCCAUGUGUAGAGUACUUCACUUACACAAUAAAACAACCACUUUCCAACAUUUUGGACAAGGUAUUGGCACAAAUUCUGCAGAUUGUUAGGAAUUUUCUGUUUGUGUUUGGAGAUCCAUAUCUACAUUCCCCAUGUGGUUUCAAGGAUGGAGUCAUCUCUGCAUAUGCUUUGAUGUCAGUCAACUGCAGAAUUUUUGUCAUUGUUAGAUAUAUUUCUUAGAAUGUUAUUCAGCAGGCUGUAUAACUGUUUUCAUUUCUUAAGGGGACAAAUAGUGUUGGGUUGCAGGUUCUGGUGGUUGCCAGAACAUUGUUAUAGCACAGUAGUCUUCUCAAUGUUGUUGGGUAUUUGAGAUAGGUGCUGUAUAGUUUGUGACGGAGUUUGCUUUUCUAAGUCUUACUCCUCUAUAGAUUAGUGUUUUGGAGCUUCCUCGUAAACAAACCAGUACAAAGAGUAUUCCUUCUAAACGUACUGGUUUCAAAAAGUCUCCUCCAGCUAGGGAUAGCUUUUUGAUACCCAUGUGCCUCGGUCACUGUUCAUGAGAUUAUUCUGUGAACUCAGAUUUUCAUACCGUUGAUCAUGGGAAGCCAGCCCAACUUAAAGAGAUGCAAGUUUCUUACCCUAGCUUUUAUAGGGACAACUCUGGUUGAACCUGUUAAGACUUCACUAAAUAAGUAUGACUUUGUGUUUCUUUUGCCCUGUGAUCAUCACACAUAAGCUGUUUGCAUACUGUGAGCUACGGCUUUUGCUGAGGCCUUGUUAGUACCAUUAGGAAACGUCAAAGGUAUGUUGUUGAAGGGUUAAUGAGUGUCAGCGAAAAUGACAUUCUAGAAACUAAUGGUAUUAGUAGAUUGCCCGCAUGAAAUAGGUCAGUGUCCUGCUUGUGGUGCUUAUCAGUAAGAUGUGUGCACUAAUGCAGUCUUCAGCCAGCUUGAGAACCAAGGCUUAUUGUGUCUGCCUGGUGCUCAAUAAGUGACUGUCAGCUGAAACAUGGUUGUGUUGUCAUCUGUACAUUAGGAUUUUUCCAUCACUUACACCCUGUCUAUUCACCCUCUUACUGACAAAAUGUCAUAUACUGAUUAUUUUGCUCAGGUGGUUUAGCCUUUCAAUUUAGAUCAACAUAGAAACUGGUUGGAAACUAAUUGAGAACUUGAAGUUUCAUGGUAGUCUAAGAUAUAUCAAGAUUCUAAUGGUAAAAGGGCAAGUCUUGCAUUAUUUAUGGAUUUAUUUAUCUUCAUUUCAGCUAUUUUACAUAUAAAUAGGACUAGUUUAGCCAAUUCAGUUCACUAAAAUGCCCUCAAAUGACAUCAAUGAAAGGAUUUCACUUUUUGUACUAUUAUAUUGCAGACUAUCUAUUUCAAUCAUGUUCAUUAUUUUGGUAAGCAUGUAAUAUGAUCGACUUUCUGCUUUGUUUCUCAUGUCUCCAUCCCACAGUGGACCAGUAUGUAAAUUGAUGUUCCCAGAAAUCAAAAGACUUGAAGACAGCAAAGAAGUGUUUUGCAGAAAUAACGUACAAAAUAAACAUACUUUUCACUCAACAAUUUGAGAUAUUCUUGAGUACUGUGUUGUGCUGUGAUCAAAUUGCAUGAAAUGUUUCAAUAAAAAAAAAUUCUGUGAAUUACCCUAGACCAUUUCUUCAAUGUGACAUUUGGCUUCAAGAAGUAAUUAAUAUUAUAGUAACAUUAAUUUAUUUUACAUGCUGCUUAAAAGAGAAUAAUUAAAGUUUAAACUUUCA